CACGUGAAAAUUUGGAUUAGUUCCUCUAUUAUUGUUUUUUUGCCAGAUUAGUCUUCGAAAGAAUUUGUAUUAUGAUAUGUAGGACUCUGUCAGCAGUAUAAUAUAUAUCUAUAAAUAUAUAUAAUAUAUACGUAUACGUAAUGUGUUUAAGAAGAUAAGAAAGAGUUUAAGUAAUAUAAUAUGUGGGUUUGAAGUUGAAUAUCUCAUUCUGAUUUUGGUGAACCGUGGCUGCCAAGAGUGCGGAAGAAGAACUCAAAACAUUUAUAUAAAGAAAUUAAAGACUGCACAUCGAUCACUAUCACAUGGCAACAAUCAAGGACUCUCACACUCCACAUGCAAUCCAAGCAACUCAUCAUAGUCAACAACACAACCUACAAUCAACAAAUCCCAUCAAGGUACAAGAACCUAACACCCAGUUUGAAAGGAGAAGGGGGAGACGCUUCUUGAGGAAGCUCCUUCAAAGUCUAUUCUACCUACACAUUUUCCUAAUAACUAUCUUAACGGUCUUCCUCACCGUCCGGGGACUCAUCUUCGCCCCCGAUGAUCACCACUUCCGCCCUCGGCGAUGGUAUCCGCCCCUCCUCACUGCCACGGCGUGUGCCGGAAUUAUUGCCUUUACAUGGCAAUGGAUCACUCGCUGCAACCCUGCAAAAGCCAUAAGAGCAGCAUUUUGGCUCGGCCCUCUGUCAACGUGCGGCGCAGGAGUCAUGUUCUUCUCCAUUGGCUCCGCCGCAAGUUUGGCCGCAGCUGUAUUGGCUCUUGUUUUCGCCAUAAUCCAAUCCCUUUAUGUUUGUUGGGCCAAUCCCCGGUUUGAUCAUGCUGUCCGGCUGUUAUCAGUUUCAAUUGCAUCCCCUCCUGCUAAAACAAUCCUGCUGGUUGUUCAUUCAAUAGCCGCCAGUACCCUUUAUUCGUGUUUCUUGGUGUCCGGCAUUGGAGGAGCCACUGCCACCGGUACUACCUUAGACACCAUGUUCAUAUUGGUGAUUCUGCUAAGCCUAGCAUGGACAAUGCAAGUGAUCAAGAACACACUGCAAGUAACAAUCUCUCAUGUCAAAUACAUGCAUUUCUCGUGUGGGGCGGAUCUUGACACGAGCAUGGCUCUCCAUGACACGUUUAAGCACUCAAUUGGGAGCAUCUGCAUUGGCUCAGUACUCGUACCGGUCCUUGGGGUCAUCCAUGGUUCAGCCCAGGCCACAAGUCUGAUUUCAGGGGAUGCAGAUGAGUUCAUGUUCUCAUGUACUAAUUGCUACUCAGGAGUUGCUUCAAGACUGAUAACAUAUGGGAAUAGGUGGGGUUUUGUCCAUCUAGGGGUUUACAAAAAAGGGUUUGUGCAGGCAUCGAUUGAUACUUGGGAGACGUUCAAAAGAGCUGGGUUGGAACCAUUGAUAGACUCAGACCUCACCAGUUCAUUCUGCUUCCUGUGUGGAGUGGCAGGUGGUGCAAUAUGUACACUAGUGGGUGGUUCAUGGGCACUAGUGGUUUAUAAGGGAUCUGCAACGGAAGUGUCAAUUUAUGCAUUCUUAAUAGGCUAUUUCAUGUGCCGGGUCGCCAUGGCAUGGCCACAAGCUUGUGUUUCAGCUUACUAUGUGGCUUAUGCAGAGAACCCACAGAGCGUUCAGUUUGAUCAGACGAUACCAGCACGCAUUCAAGUGCUACAGAGAUCUCAAGCUUAGCCGUCGUUGGCAACUGACUCAACCCAGCUCUAGCAGAAGCAGCAACCUCCCACUUACCAGAGAUACAUACUACAUUCAUUUUUAGCUACAAUAUGAACACAGACAAACUAUACAAUGAUGAAAAAAAACAAGGACAGAGAGAAUAGGAAGCUGUAAAAUUUCUGUAAUUAGUUCCCUGAAUAGCAUCGUGUUUGAAUUUCUGUAAAUCUGAUGGAAUUCUUGAUUUUAAGAGCUUACAGUAUUGAUACUUC